AUGGAAGAAGUCGUAGUUUUGAUUGUGGGUGCGGGGCCAGCAGGCCUCGGAACAGCAGCGUGCCUCAGCCAAUUAUCUGUCCCCUAUAUCAUCGUCGAGCGUGAGAACUGUAGUGCGUCACUAUGGCGCAAUCGCGCAUAUGACCGUCUCAAGCUACAUCUUGCCAAGGAGUUCUGUGAGUUGCCACACAUGUCAUAUCCAGUAGAUGCCCCGACAUACAUACCAAAAAGAUUGUUUGUCAAGUACUUGGAUGAUUACAUUGAGCGUUUCAACAUCCAACCGAAGUACCUCACUGUUGUUCAGUCAUCCACAUAUGACAUCGAUGGAAAAUAUUGGUCCAUCAUGGUGCGUGAUAUAACAAGCGACACAAUAAUCAAUUACAUGGCUAAGUUUCUUGUUGUGGCAAGUGGUGAGAAUAGUGCCCCGAAUAUUCCAAUGUUUUCUGGACAAGAAACAUUUCCAGGUGUGGCCGUCCACUCAUCAAGUUAUAAGUCAGGUAGUGUCUACUCUGGAAGGAAUGUGUUGGUCAUUGGAUCUGGCAACUCUGGGAUGGAGAUUGCUUACGACCUUGUGACUCACGGUGCCAAUACUUCUGUUGUUAUACGGAGUCCGAUUCAUAUAAUGACAAAGGAAUUAAUCCGGUUAGGGAUGACACUGGUUAAUCAUCUUUCACCGGAGCUGGUGGAUAAUCUCCUAGUCAUGAUGUCAAAUUUUAUAUUCGGAGAUCUAUCCAAACAUGGCAUCAUGAGACCAAAAAAUGGUCCAUUGGUCCUCAAGUCAGAAACUGGCCGGUCUGCCGUGAUUGAUGUUGGCACAGUUGGGUUAAUCAAGAAAGGCAUCAUCAAAGUGCAAGGAAGGGUUAUUAAGAUCAAGGGCAAAACAAUUGAAUUUGAAGGUGGCGAUGAAGCCUCUUUCGAUGCAGUUGUGUUUGCAACCGGAUACAAAAGCACAACAAAUAUGUGGCUCAAGAAUGGUGAGAGUAUGUUGAAUAACGAGGGCUUGCCAAAUAAGGAAUUUCCAGAUCAUUGGAAAGGUGAAAAUGGGCUCUACUGUGCUGGUUUGGCAAGGAGAGGAUUGGCUGGUAUUGCUAUAGAUGCCAAGAACAUCGCCAAUGACAUUAAGUGUAACCUAGACUCUUUGUUCAUGUCUGGCUAA